ACACAUUUGGUCACAUCACUGCCAAGACUGAGAAGGAUCAGGAGCCAGCUGGCAGUCCCAAAACCGGACUAAGGAUGGCCCUGGUCCAGGUGGUCAAGCUGCUGCUGCUGUUAUGUCUUCUCAUCCCAGUGGUCAUGGUCCUUUACAGUCGCAAUUGGAACAUCACCUUCGACUUCGUCCACAGCCAGCAGAACAACAGUUCCAGCACUGGCACAGGUACUCAGUCUGAGCUGGUCCUGGUCUCCACCGUCCCCAAAGAGCAAAAGGAGAAAAAGGAAGAGGUGGACAAAUGUCCUGAAAGAUCUCCGCUGCUCGUGGGUCCUCUGCGGGUGGAGUUCAACAUGGCGGUGAGUCUGGAGCUCAUCAAGGAGAAGAAUGGGCACCUGGAGCCGGGCGGACGCUACAAGCCCAAAGACUGCGAGGCGCGACAGAAGGUCGCCAUCAUCAUCCCGUUUCGCAGGAGAGACGAGCACCUCAAGUAUUGGCUCUACUAUCUGCACCCCAUCCUGCAGCGCCAGCAGCUGGACUAUGGAGUCUACGUCAUCAAUCAGGACGGAGACGAGCUCUUUAAUCGAGCCAAACUGUUGAACGUGGGCUACACGGAGGCGCUGAAGGACGACGACUACAAGUGUUUUGUCUUCAGCGACGUGGACCUGAUCCCCAUGGACGACCGCAACAUGUACCAGUGUUUCAGUCAACCUCGACACUUGGCUGCCUUCAUUGACAAGUUCGGCUUCAGGUUAUACUACGAUCAGGCUUUUGGGGGUGUGUCCUCCAUGUCCAAGGAACACUUCCUGACCAUCAACGGCUUCCCCAACAACUACUGGGGGUGGGGGGGCGAGGACGAUGAUGUCUACAACAGAUUGGCGUCCAAAGGAAUGUCAAUCACCAGGCCGAGUGUCGAGGUGGGAAAAUAUAAGAUGAUUCGACACAAAAGAGACAAACACAACGAGUCCAACCCUCGACGGCUUGAGCAGUUAUCUCACACUCGAGACACGAUGGACAAGGAUGGCAUCAAUUCGCUGUCCUACAAGCUGCUGUCCAGACAGACCCUGGACCUCUUCACACAGAUCACAGUGGACAUCGGAAAACCCUGAACAACGACACGACUGUGAAAACAUCCACUGCUGCUGAGUUGAACUCUGCCCUUCACACCUUGCCCUCUAUUCUAACACAGAAGAUAUGACGUCCCACUUUCAAACCUCGUCUUUUCAAACCUCCUUUUAAAUCCAUGCGCCCGAAGGCUGAAGGUGAGCCACGGUUCAAUGACGUCACCAGAGAGGCCAGGAUGGAAGGAUAAGCUUCAUGUUUCCUGCCAUGAAAGACUACCAGAAGAUUCUGAGGGUAGAAAAAAACAUCAUUACAAGUCAUUUGAACAACCCACGUUUUUUAUUAAACAUCCAUCGGUCCAUCCAUCCAUUUUCUACCCCUUCUCCCUUUCGGGGUUGUGGGGGGUGGGGGAGGGGGGUUGUUGGAGCCUAUCCCAGCUGCAUUCGGACGGUAGGCUUGUACACCCUGGACAAGUCGCCACCUCAUCACAGAGACAAUAUUCACACUCACAUUCACAAUUUAGUGUUGCCAAUCAACUUAUCCCCAGUUGCAUGUCUCUGGAGGUGGGAGGAGGCCGGAGUGCUGCUGUCGAAGUGGAUGCACGUAAAUAAGACUGCCCACAAAAAGGACAGGGGGGGCUUAGCCCCCAGGAGAUGCACAGGAUGCAGUAGCGCACGAGCACAAAACUUCAGAAAUUAUUCAUUGUUAUUAUUUUUUUUUAAAUGCACGGGACGAAAUGAAAUGCUCCCCGGGACGAUGGCUUUAACCAUUUUUUUCUUUUUAUGUAUUUAUUAAUUUUACAUUUUAUAUUAAAUGUCUUGGUUUUUCCUCCCUCUGAAAAUCCUAUGAAAUAACAAGCUAUAAUACACCAGCUAUUAAUGUAACAAUACAAUAAAACAAAUAUAUUUAAUGAUGUUUUUUUUCUCAUUAUUUUAUGUAUAUUGAUAUAGAUUCUACGAAUGAUGUGGGCAUUUUUUAUAUGAACAAGUCCAAGGACCGCAAGCAAGGUCGCAGAGAAAAUGCGGACGGAGUUUGAGUGAUGUGGGCAUUUUCUAUAUGAACAAGUAGAAUGGAUUGGAUACCGACACACUAAAGGGGCUCUCUACCUUACGCUAUGAAGUGAGGAAACUGAGUGAAUAAUGACAGGUUAUAUGAUUAUUUAAACUCAUAUUUGGGCCACUUUAUAAUAUGUCGGCAUGUAUUUGUAAAAAAAAUUAAAUUAAAAAAUAAAUAUUAACACCAAAUUAUUUAGGGGGGCUUAAGAUUAUUUUAGGGGGGCUUGAGCCCCCCCUAAAAUAGGCCUAACAACGCCAAUAGUAUAUGAUUUGCCUGAGAAGCUGGACAGGACAAAAAUAAAUAAAAACAUUUUGAGGACAAAAAUAACUAUUUCAUUUUGGAAUUGGGCUGCAACAUAACAAUGUGCAAAAAGUGUGGCGUUGUGAACACUUUCUGGAUGCACUGUAUGCGUCCAAAGAGUAUUCAAUUCAAGACAUACCUUUUGCACUACCUUGUAUUAUUGCAAUGACAUUUAGUUUGGAGUUUGCAUGUUUUCCCUUUGACUGCGUGGGUUCGGGAACUCCGGCUUCCUCCCACCUCCAAAGACAUGCACCUGGGAAUAGGUUGAUUGGCAAUGUCUGUCUGUGUUGGCCCUGCUGGGGUGUACCCCGCCUUCCGCCCGAAUGCACCUGAGAUAGGCUCCAGCACCCCCCGCGACCCAGGUCGACACAAAGCCAACAGUUUUUGCUAUUUAACUAUCAGCAUCUGAAGCCUGUUCUUUGUUUGACCACAAGAGAGCAGCGUCGCUCCAUGUGAGGCCGCCACUUUCUUCAGAGAAUAUGAAGUAUCUGCACUCGCUUUUGCUGAUGAUUUGGUCUUGGUGAGCGACUCUUGGGCUGGCAUGGCUUUCAACAUCAAUAUCCUGGAGAGCUUCCUGGAACAGUCUGGCAUGAGGGUUAAUGCCAACAAGUGUUGUGGGUUUAUGGUUGGAAAACUAUGUUCUGGGAAGAUGGUGUGCAACUUGCAAGAGAGUCUCAAAGAUGGUGUGAUCUUCAUACCCAAAGCGUUGGACAGAUAGUAUUUCACAACGACAAGUUGAUCAGAAAGGCGGAGAAUAAAGCUGACAACUUCUCCCCUUUUGGGUCCCACUCUUUGACCCUUAUGAGUUUUAUUGAAUCUGGGCACUGGAGAGGUUCCCACGUUUGAUCGCUCUGCACACCUCCUCGGCAAUCUGAUAUAUUUUGGGGCUGCUUCAUAAUGCUGUUCUACCGUGAAGGUAGACAGUAGACUUCUGAUUGCUUAUCCGCAGGGCGAUGGCUCUCCUCCCCAUCUGAGGAUUCACUUUUAGUUUUCCCUUCAACCUGAAAAGCAUCCGAUUGACUAUUCGAUCUAGGCGUCCAACCACACCCAGUAUUUUGGGUUGCACACUCGGGUUGCCUACCAAGUCGUCCGCAACAAUAUUUUCCUGAGAUCCUUCACCCACGUUAGGUCCCCGGACAAGUUCACCAGUUGGGUUGAACCUCUGGAGGCAUUCCAUCGCCAUAGCCACAAUUAUGACUGUGUCAACAAACUUAUCCUUCAAUUCAGUUAGGGUAUUUGUCUCAUCCAUAGUCCACCUGUUGGACGUGAAUCGUUGUGUCCACAAAGUGCGGGCCCAAGGGCCAUUAGUUUUGUUGGCCCGCAACAUUUUGUCAGGGAAAUAACCCACAGUAAAACUGCAAGACAAAAAGCGCCAAAAGACAAAUGUAGUUAGAAAAAAAGCUUACAGCUUUGAUAAGUAUGAAGGGUUAUAUUGCAUUUGUCUUUAAAUGCUACAAACAGACAUGAAACAUCAAAACUUAGUGUUGUCUCACGCGUGACUAGGGUUGUCCUGAUAUCAAUAUUUUUGUACCGGUACCAAAAUGUAUCUCGAAACUUUUCUAAAUAAAGGGUACCACAACAAAAGUGUCAUUAUUGUCGUUAUUUUAACAAAAAUCUUAGGGUACAUUAAACAUAUGUUUAUUAUUGUAAUUUAGUCCUUAAAUAAAAUAGUGUCUUUUA